UAAUGACAAUCUUCCUAUCUGGCGGAAGUGUUUCUCCUGUAGGGAUCCGCUGCCCUUACUUACCCUGGUGAUCGGGUGCUGGGGAUGGAGUUCAGUUGCUGAGCAUCACAGUGUGUGGGCCGGGACAUGUCGGGCUCUAAGCGGUGUCCUGACUGCGGCUCCAGUGAGAUAGUGGAGGACGCUCACUACUCCCAGGAGCAGCUGGUGUGCGCGGACUGCGGGUGUAUACUGACAGAGGGACUGCUCACUACUACUCUCGCCGAGGAGGGCUUCCUGCAAGCGGUGAAAUUCUCAGUCAGCACUGGACAGAAUGAGACGAUUAGCCGGACUAAACUCCAAGGUAUCAUCCGUGUCAGGAAUCUCUGCAGAGUCCUGAGAUUCCCCGACACCUUUGCAAAUACUGCAGUGUCCUAUUAUGAGCGGGCCUUCGACAAUCCACUGUACCACUACGUCAGACUGGGGAAGAAGGAGGCGCUCAUGGGCUGCUGUGUGUACAUCACUUGCAGGCAGCAUCACUGGCCUCUCACCAUGGCCACCAUCUCCUCCAUGCUGUAUUCCAAAGAGGAGCUCUUCACCAGCAUGUAUCUGGACCUAGUACAAGCACUGAAGCUGGACGUACCAUCUAUGAGCAUACAGGAACUGGCAAAGACUCACUGCAAGAGUUUCAGGUUGCUACAGGAUUCUCCACCCACCCAUCCAGAAUACGCGGAGAAUCUGGACAGAGUCUUGGAGCGAACUUUGCAGACGUUGGAGUUAGCCAAUGAAACUUGGCUGGUCACUGGACGUCACCCUAUUCCCAUAAUCACAGCAGCUGCUUAUUUGUCCUGGCAGUCUCUCAAACCUGCCCCACGCCUCUCAUGCACUUUUUCUCAGUUUUGCAAAUUAUCUGAAACAGACCAGCCCCCUCCAGCCUCUAAAAGACUGAAAGAACUUCUAGAGAACUUUCUUAAACUUGCCUCUCAGCUACCCUGGCUGAUGCGAAUGUCACUAAGUAAGAAGACCGUGGUGCAGCACUUGGGUGACAUCUUAAAGCAUAGGGCAUAUCUUCUCAGGAAAGCCCUGGCAGCUGCAGAAAUGUCCACGUCAGAGUUGGAUGACCUUGUGUCCCCUGACCAACCACGUCCUAGUUCACUCUCCCUUCCCCCAUGUCUGACCAAGCCUAGGAAAAGAAACUACACUAAUGCUUUCCCCCCAAAUCAGGACGUUACUGGAGAGGAAGACAUCUCAGACAGUGAGAUAGAGCAGUACUUGAGGACACCACGUGAAAUAAAGGCCCUUCAGCAGGCCCAGGCUAAGGGGCUGCAUCACUGACUUUAUAGUAGAAGCCUGAAUUCCCAUUCUUCACUAUCUCUAGGGUCUGGAUAACCCAUGUAAUAAAUGAUAUUGUUUUGCAGAGGUG